AUGAACGCGAGUGCACUCCUAACAGCCCAAGGCUGGAGAGGUAAAGGUCACUCGCUGCACAAGACCGACGACGCUGUUGGUCUGGCCAAACCGCUUCUGCUCAACCGCAAAAACAACACGAAGGGCAUCGGCGCCACGCAGCAUUUUACCAGCGACCAGUGGUGGAUGAACGCUUUCGACGAACAGCUACAAGGCCUCGACACUUCAAAAAAGGGCAAGGUCGUGCAGACCAUCACCACUGGCAAACUCAACGCCAUCGAGAAGGGAUCGCUCGGCAAGUACUCACUCUACACGACUUUUGUGCGCGGCGGCUUCCUCGAGGGCACAAUCGAGGCCAUGAACAAGCAAAAAGACGAAAAGGACGACGGACCGACUGCCGAGUCUGGCUCCACACCCGUCGAGAAGUCGGCCAAAAAGCUGGCGCGGUCCAAGGGGUACAAGAGGUCCGAGGCUUCCAAGCUGGAGCGCCAGGCGCGCAAAGACGCGCGCAGAGUUGCCGGGUGCAAGCGUAGAGCGGAAAAGGCGCAACUGAAACGGUCCCUGAAAAAGAACAAGGCAAAGUUGAGAUCGGACUCGCGCACCGACAACGCGGCGGCGGCGGACAAGCGACGUCGACGAGCGCGCAAAGAGGAGAAGAGGCAGCAGAGCAAGGGGGUGGAUGGAAAAUAG